AUGUCCAACAAACAAAUCAUCUACACCACCCCUCCGGCCCCAGCCAUUGACCCCUCUCUCAGCAGUGGCACCUUCCGCCUAAACACCCUCCCUAUCCCCAGAGAUGUCCCCACCGACAAGCUCCUCGUGCGGGUUCACUACCUCUCCCUCGACCCAGCCAUGCGCCAAUGGCUCACCGCCAAACGCUCCUACAUCGCUCCCGUCGAACAAGGCGCCGUGAUGCGCGGCCAGAGCAUCGCCCAAGUCCUCGCCGUAGGCACCGAUCUGGCAUCCAAGUACAGCAAGGGCGAAUGGGUCGUCGCUAGUUCCGGCUGGCAGGAGUACGCAGUGGUCGGCACGAAAGAAGUAACAAAAAUAACCGUGCCGGCCGGCGGACGGCCCACGGACGCAAUGUCCGUGCUCGGCCUCACCGGGCUGACGGCCUACUUUGGUAUGGUGGAGAUCGCGCAGGUGAAGAAGGGUGACACGGUUGUUGUUUCUGGUGCUGCGGGCGCGACGGGCAUGGUGGCUGGCCAGAUUGCGCGCAUCAAGGGCGCUCAACGUGUGGUGGGGUUGGCGGGCAGUAAGGAGAAGUGUGAUUUCUUGAUUAACGAGUUGGGAUUUGAUGCUGCGGUCAAUUAUAAGGAUCCAGAUUGGAGGACGCAGCUGAAGCUCGCUACGCCGGAGUUUAUUGAUGUUUUCUUUGACAAUACUGGUGGUGACAUCCUUGAUGCUUGCUUGGCGAGGGCGGCUCAGGGCUCGCGCUUUGCUAUCUGUGGCGCUAUCAGUCAGUAUAAUGCUGCUAAGCCGCAGGGUCCGGCUAGCUUUAUGAGUGUGAUUUCGCAACGGAUCACCCUGAAGGGGUUUAUCGUCUUCGAUUUUGCGAAGCAAUAUCCAGCUGCACUCAAGGAGCUCGGCUCUUGGUUGGCUGAAGGUAAGCUCAAGCGCAAAGAGCACAUCGUGCCAGGUGGCUUGGAGGCGGCGCCCCAGGGUCUCAUUGACCUCUAUGCUGGUGCUAACACCGGUAAGAUGAUGGUCGAGGUAGCACCGGUCAGCGAGGCGUUGGCUCCAAAGGCCAAGCUAUGA